AAAUGCAAAAGAAACCCGGAAGUGCUCAUAGAUUGUAUUUCCUUAACGACGGUAUCUGAGACGCUGAUAAGAGUUCCUUGUGUUUGUCAUGCAUAACGAAAUAAUACAUAACGGAGUUUUACAUUCAUUUAAUUACAGCGAAAUGACAUGACAGCUUUUAGGAACAUUUCUGAUGACGAGCGCAACGCUAUUAGUAUCUGAGGAGUUUAGCAUCAUCUUUCACAAAUGUCGACACAUGUUUUCCGUUGCAUUUUAAUUCUUAAUGCGUUUAUUUUUCGUGCAGUGACUAAUUUUCAGGACACGCAGAAUGUCACUGUUCAGACUCCAGUGAACACUGAUCUAAGUGAAUACAUUUUUAACGUUACGGAUAUCCCACCUGCAUCCACUUACCAGUCACCGACAGCAACACCUACUACUUUCAGGGCAGAAUCAAACUCGCUUGUUCCAUCUGCAGUCGUCGACCCAAACGCCACAUUGACAGAUGGUAUUGGGGUCUACACCAAUGAUUCCAUUACAAAGCACAUUACUAAUCCAACUGCAGAAGCAGCAACCAGUGAGAUCAGGACUGAAUCAAACUCAUCGGUUUCAUCUGCAACGUCACAGCCAAACGCCACAUUUACUGAUGGCGUUGCUCAUCCCACUGAUGUCUAUACAAGGUCUAUUACAACCUCUUCAGGCUGCUUGUGUGAUGUGACACCUGAUUUCUGUGACAUUGGGUGCUGUUGUGAUGGCAUAGACUGUGGCCUCCUAAACCUCAGCUCUGUUUUCAAUGACUGCAACCAGGCCUUAGGGUCUGGUACAUGUCUUGAGAGCUGGAUGAUGUUUACAGCCAAUAUCAAUCCAUUGCUGGUUACACGCUCCGGAGACUUGUUUUGUGUUCAGAAAGAAGAGGAAAUGCAGUCUGAUGUUCAAACUUCCCCUGCUGUUUAUCAAUCCAUUUACCUCUAUCCGCUUUUGCUGAGAGAGCCUGCGGCCUUCAACAUUCAGAAAAACAACUUUUACAAGGUUGAUGACAUCAUUCUGAUAUAUUUCAACAGGACGUCCAUAGUGAGCACUCUUAGACAGCCAUCAACAGGCCCAGCUUCAUCUGCUUGUGUCAACCGCAAUCCUGCAAGGUUCUUGCGUUCUAGUUCUUUGUCGUGCUCUCGUACGGUGACGACUCAAUCUUGUGUGGAGGACAACAGUUUAAGUGCUCGUACUUACUACACAGGGUUCAGCCUACUGAGGGUUCCUCAGGCCCAAGUAGAGACCAGGCCAGAGCUGUUGAUUCCAAUUUCUACAGUCCGUGACUGGCCUGAGCCGCGUGAACAAAAUGGCUCAUGUUUCAAUGUGGUAUCAAAGGUGGAAUAUGGGAUUGAGUACACUGGCAAAGGAGAGAUUGUAAAGAUUACAAUGAAUGCAGAACUCAUUACCGCAAAUCCAAACACACAGUUCCUGCAAACUCAUACUGUUACAUUUCAGUUGGCCACAUCCACUCCCUCCAUGACCACACCCACACCAGUGUCAGGUACAGAGGGACUGAAAUCUGGAUCUCCAGUAAUUGUUUGGUUUGGUGGAAAGUCACAACCUCUGACAGUGUUAAGGUCGUCUGAGAAUGGAGAGUGUUUGGCAAGGCCUGCUAAUCGCUCCCCUGUUUUUUUCAAACAAAACGUUAUGACUGGAUGCACCUUCAGGUCCUCGGCCAGUGACUGUGGUGUGUUACGGGCUGAGCUGAUGGAGGUUUUAUCAGCGGCUGCAGUGCCAGAGCUGAUCAGUAUGACCACAGGUGAUCAGGCAGAGAAGAGUAAAGUCAUCUUACAGGACUGCUCCUUACCAGCCUCAGAGUUGUGUGAGACGGGCUGUAUGCUGCCUAUCUCUCUAUCGGUGCAGGUGCUGUGGGCUCAGAGGGGCCUCAGGGCCCUGCCACAGAAUCACAUCCUGGGGGCCAAAUUUGUCUUUAGCUGUGAUAGACUGAAGUGUCCCCUUCGUUCUUCUAUACCUGUGACCGCUGGGGUGGUGUUCACUGAAACCACAGUUUACCCAGAAGCCCCACGAGGGGAACCUAAACCCGAAUGGAAGUUUCCGUUUGCUUUUUUCACUGGAGGAGCUGGAGAGUUUGAUCAGGAAUAA